AUGAAGUUGCAUGGCACCCAGGUUAGCGACCACCAACCUGAGAGCAGCCAGAAAGCCAGGCACUGGCAAGCUGAAAACCGCUCUCAGGUAGAGGUGCACCCACCUCGCGUGAAACAGCUCCUGGCCCUGUGCGGUGGCGCGUUCUCUCGGCAGCAGCUCUGCAACCUUGAGUGCAUCGUGUUACACAAACUGCACUUCAGCCUGGGCGCGCCCACCAUCAACUUCUUCCUGGAGCACUUCACUCACGCUCGCGUGGAGGCGGGGCAGGCUGACGUCACCCGGGCCUUGGAGGCGCAAACCCUGGCUCGGGGCGUGGCGGAGCUGAGCCUGGCCGAUUACGCUUUCACCAACUACACACCUUCCCUGCUGGCCAUCUGCUGCCUGGCGCUAGCCGACCGCAUGCUCCAGCUCCCUCACCCGCUGGAUCUCCGCCUGGGAGAGCACCCAGAGGCCGCACUGCAAGACUGCCUGGGCAAGCUGCAGAUGCUGGUGUCCAUCAACAGCACCUCCCUGCCUCACAUACUGCCUCUCCAGAUCUGGGAGAAGUGCAGGCUGCCCCAGAGUUGGAAAUAAAAAGCACACCCUUGGGUUUCUUUUUAUUCCCCUGGCCCUGGCUCUGUGCCUUCAGGAGAGUGUGCAGUAUUAAUCCAAAGAGAAGUUCAGGACCCCUGCUUGUAAAUAGUGUACAAUAGUGGGAUCUAUUUAUUUUUUUUUCAGUACACAAGGGCAGGUUGACAGUCCUGGCUUGUCUAAAUGCUGCUGUUGUCCGGUCUGCCCUUCACAGGUGAUUGGUCAGUCAAGAUGGUCAGUCAAAAUUGCCAAUUUCAGAGUCUCUCCUUGCUCCUGACGUUUUUUUUACUCUGUAGUUAGCAGCUCUGUGAACACAAGCCAGCAAGAUUUUAUAUGCCACUGUUCCAGUAAUCAGACAAGUCAAGGUUGCUUGUCUGUAUCUUAACCCCCUCCAGUCUGGAGGCCGUGUCCCCUCCCCCACACCAGUGGCCCAAGGAGUGUGAGACAGAAGUCAUUGUAGACUGUGUUGACCAGAAGGUCCGCUCGCUGAUAUGGAUCUGGGAAGCUUGGGGGACCAGGUAGGCAUACCAGCAAGAGACAUCCCUGGUGCACCCCAAGAGAUGUUGGAAAGGAAAGUUUGUGCAUCCUCUUACAGCUGUUGCAACCUGGGCUAUUUUUCCCCUGCAGUCACAUGCAUGGUUCAGUUCACACUGCUGCACAAGCUCAGGGUACCAACUGCGGCGGCGGCGACAGUAAUAAAGAAUAUAUUGACUAUUUGCAACGUA